AUGGAAAGGAAGAGAGACCGCUUAGAAAAUAAUUCCAACGACGCCGACACAAUAGAUUCAAGCCAGAGCCACACUUAUGUCGACCCACUAAACUGUAUAAAACAAGAAAACCUGCGAAGCACAAAAUCAUCACCGCAACGUAACGUUGAAUUACACCACACUCGCAGUUUCAGCGAAAUAUUCCAUCUUCACCCUUCGUCUACGGAUAUAACCUGUGCCACCAUUUGUCCUCGACCUCGAGCCAUCGAGGAACUACAACAUGAAGUACGUAGACCGGAGAGUGUGCUGGAAAUGUCUAAUUUACCAACAUCGAGUGAUGACGAAUCAGAUGAGGAUGCCAUGGCAACACAACAGCAGAAAGGAGACGAGGCGAUGAAAAUUUUCCUGGAGUCGAAUAUUAGCAUUCCGCUCGAUGGAAAUAUGACGUCAUCAUCGCUAUCCCAGGAUACUUUGGAUUCAGAUGUCGCAUCAGAGAGCGAGCUCAUUGUAGGGAACUGGGAACGAGAAUGGAGAGGUAUGUCCCUCAGAAGCCCUGUGUACGAGGUUGUAUGUCCCUCUGUUGUUUCGUUCAUACACAAACCACAGCAGCUUUUUGUGGAAUAUUCAUACAGUGUACCACCACGUUUGAGAUACCAAGUUUGAGAUAACUUUUUCAGGUAGUUCAGACGCAAACCAUGGCAGCUUAUUGUAUAGAAUACUACCUGCACUGGACUACCACGUUUGAGAUAUUAAGAUAUCAUUUUCAGGUAGUUCAGACACAAAACUACGACAGCUUAUUGUAGAAUACUACCUACAGUACACUGGACCACCACGUUUGAGAUCCUUUGUCAAGUAGUUCAGACACAAACCACGGCAGCUUAUUGUACAAUACUACCUACACUGGAACACCACGUUUGAGAUAUCUUUUCCAGGUAGUUCAGACACAAACUACGACGUACAGCUUGUUGUAGAAUACUCCCUCCAUUGGACAACCACAUUUGAGAUACUUUUUUAUGUAGUUCAAACACGAACCGCGGCAGCUUAUUCUAAUGAACAUGGCUUAUUUUUCACAACUUGUUUUCUAGACUCUAUUGCUUCCACUGGCUCAAGCUUAGAGAAACGUUUUCUAACGCCGUCCGGACAACUGCUCUACCGCGAACAUCAAGUCGAGUCGAUGCUAGACACAAAACGUCUGAAAUUGACACCAUCGAGUUCAGACCGUCCCAUGAGCCCACUGGCAAUGCGGAGGAGUGAUGAAAAUUUGAAAGGUAAAAGUGGAGAAAGAAGAUAUCAGGUGGACAGUGACAGUGAAAGUGAUGGACAGAUGGAGGUUGUUUUGAAUGAAGGUAAAUAAGUUUUGAUGGAACAUUGCACCUGCCAUUCAAUUAUGCGCCGGAAGUUUGAUUCCUGCAAUAUAUUUAAAAGUCUUAUUUAAAAUUUUGCCUCAGUCCAAUCGUUUGUUGAUUGCUACAAACAAAUGUUUAUUUCUUCAAAAAUGGCGAUGACCCUUACACGACCUCUAGGAAGAGCAGUUUUGAACUGAUAGGGCUUAGUUCAAACUGAUAGAACUAGACAGUGGUUUAAUCGGUGGCGUAACGGAGGAACAGGGGGCCCUUAGGCAUAUUUGGUGUGGGGGCCCCUGUUGUCAUUGUUUGACUGAGAUAUUAUAUUUAUAUUGAAUAUUUAUAAAAUGUUCUGGAAAAUUCCAUGUCUAUAACAAUAACAGUCUCCAACACAUGUAACAACUAAUAAGAAUAACUCUUGUUUUAUUUGAGAUGGAAUUAAAAAAUCAGCUACCGUUGUCGAUGGAGGCUUUAUUAUUUAGCAUUUAUAUUAAUUUUGCAUUUUCCCAUUGAUUCUUAACCUGCAUUUUUUACAUUUUCUAAUUUUCUGGGCGAUAGGCCGUGGGUGAUGGGGCCCCUAACUGUCGGGGGCCCUUAGUUUUUUAACUAACCCUACCCAAUGAGCGCUACGCCACUGGGUUUAAUUAGUUUAGGUUUCUAAUUUCUCCUGCAGCCAUAUUGAAUCGAUAAUGUUUUGAACAUUUAGUAUAAAAUUAAAUGUUAAUAAAGUUUAGAAGAAGAUAACCGAAUUCUUUUCCAAUGUAAAUUUCCAGGCAAAUCAGAAAAGCACAAUUGUAAUAAUUGCAAUAUUGUUGUGUUGUAGGAAAGAAGAUGAGAAAGAGAGAAUGCGAUUGCGAUCUGAGACUUCAGGUAUAGAAAAAGGCUUAUUUUGCAGACAUGAAUUUAUAGUAUAUUGUCGAACACCCUUGCUUGCCGUUUUUUUUUAGCUGUAGUAACGCUGGACCAACAAGAAUUAAAACUUACUAGACCUCUAGGGAGAACAGUUUAGAACUGGUAUAGAGUUAUCCAGUAUGAUGAAUAUAUUUUAGUUCCGGUGUCUUCCUGUGUAACACUGGAUUAUGUUUUCCAUAGGAUCUUAAAAACGUGAUUCGCAAGUACGCAAUGCAAUGCGAAGAACUGGUAAACAGAAGCAAAGAGCAAUACAAUGAAAUCAAAGCUUGGCGAAAGGACAACGUCAAUAUGCAUAAAGAACACAAUCGUCUCCAGGUAACAAACUAUAAAGCUUCUCGUAAGAGUCUUAUGGAAUUCCAAUCAUCUGAGACACUGAUAUAUUCGCUUUAUGCCAUUGCCUGCAGCAAAAUUGCUGGUGCAAAUCCAUUUCUGACCAACUGUGGGAUCUUAACGCGCCUUAAAUCGCCUUACGUCGUCUAAACUGGCAUUAAAUCAUGGCGAGUUUAGGCGAAUUACCAUCUCAGAGUACGUCUCCACUCUUGGUGGUGACCUAAAUCUCCAUUUUCCAAGUGAAAACUUCGAGCUUUCAUUUUUCCCUUUCACGACCUCAGUCAACGUAUUUAAAUAUCGUUCUACCUUCCUAUCUGCCUAUGUAGGUCCUUAUCAGAGAAUGCUAUCAGAACGAAAACAGUUUGAAAGGAAGCUUGGCUUCAGUUUCAAACGAAAAGGAAGAAAAAGUUUCAGAAUUAGGCCGGAAAGUUAGAGAGCUCGGAAACAAUUUACAAGACAGAAAUUCGGAAAUUUCAGAACUCCAAAGUACAAUUGACAGCUAUAAAAAACAAGGGGAAAAGUACAUCAAAGUUAUGCAGGAAAUUAACAACGAAAUUAAAGCAUUGUUUGAAACUCUUGCCAAACAACUUGGGUUGGAUGAUAAAUUUGAAGUUGACAUCGAAGAAAAUCCAGAAGCCAUUGUUGCCUCAUUAAAAACAAGAAGGCAAUCACUUUCAGAUGACUUUAAGAACUUUUAUGGGAACUUAUAUCAGACAGCAGAUAAGGAUAUGGUCGGUGAAAUUCAAAACCGGAUGAAACAAGAUUUUCAUCAACUAUCAAGCGGGUAUAAAGAAGCUAUAUCAAAAGUACAGAAAGCAGAGAAAAAUCUAGGGAGGGUUCUCAAGCGUUCUGCUAGUCUGGAAACUCUAUUAAAGGAGACGAAAGGAAAAUAUGAUUUGGUGGAGGAAACUGGCGUACAAUUUAGAAGAACUGAAUUUGAAGUUAAGGCUAAAGAUUUGCAGAGAAAGAAUGACAGUCUAAUGCAAGAAAAUAAAAUGCUUCAGGAAGAUUGUUCUAAAUGGAAGAAAAGAUGUGAAGAAAUUUCUAAGCGAAACGAGAAAAGGGCGACUAAAGUUGAACUGAAGCCUCGCGAGGAAAAACCCCUAGCAAGUGCAGAGUUAGGAAAACUACAGAACUAUUUAAAGCAGCGAAGGAGGUCGUACUCGGAGACACAGCUUACAACUUUACAAGGCUAUCAAGCCAAUUUCACUCGUACUGGAAAUCCGAAAACAGAAGCUAAGUCGAUGACAGUAGCUCAAAAUACGGACAAUUUUCAAGGACUUAGCAAUUUGGAAAGCCGUUUGAAACAAUUGUCACAACUCGCUGAGGAUUUGAGCCAAAAGAUUGAGAAAAGUAACCAGUGUUUAGUGGAGAAAUCUACAAGCUCUGAAAGCGAAAAGAAUCCGGAUUUGAGCAAUGACCAUCAUCACCCUGAUCGAAUGUUAUCCUCGUUCUAUGGUUAUAAACUAUUCUCUGUGAUUAAAGGAAUCUAUGAUGAUAGUUUGGCUACGUUACAAGAUAGUAUCCAAAGCCGGGAACAAGAAUGUCGCUACUUAAAAGAACAGUUACUGGUGAAAGAGAGCAAUGAAGAAGUAACACAGUGUUGCAUAGAAUCUCUGAAGCGAGCGGUCGCCAUUUGUCAGGAGGAUUUCAGGAAUGUCAAAAAUAAAAAUCAGGGUUUGAAGAGAGAGUUGAGGGUACUGAAGGAUAGGAUUCUGGUUACGAAUGCUGAGCGAGAGAUGUCUCUGUUUUAUUGUAAAAAGAACGGGAUUGCGAAUGGCGCUCUUGUCAAACACGAGGAAUGCUUGGAUGUGGAAACGUCGGGACAAAGACACCACGAAAAUGGAUUUGGUAUGUAGAUGGGGGCUUGUGCCUCACCUACGACAAUACUGUGUAAAUCAAGCACACAACUCACUUACCCUGUCGUAGCCGAGUUGUGUGCUUGAUUUACACAGUAACUACAACUCAAGUUGUAAGCAGGUUGCAUGUGACAGUUUUAGGCAAAAGUUGUGUAGUAUAAAUUCACGAAGAAAUUAAAAUUCAAAAACAAUGUUUAAUGAGUUCUUUGUAUGUUUGCAUGGUGAUAAAAUAUAAUAGGUUUUGUUUGUGGAAACACCACGUAAAUUUAUUACUGCAAAGCUUUCGAUCCGUAAGCCCGGAUCUUCAUCAGUGCUAAUAAUAUGUGACUCAGUUGUUUAAUUCACAAUAAGUUUUAAUGUUUAAUGAGUUGUUGCAUCAACACAUACAAAAUUCUCCCUAUUCAGUGCAGAAAUUUUCCCCUCGAUUUUCUCAGUUAAAACCACUCCUUUUUGGAUAAUUUCUUCGAACACAACUGUUGAAAUCUUUACGUCUCACAAAUUAUAUACAAGCCUGUCGUCUUCGGCUCGAGUCUGUAUGUCUGAUACAACACGGCCGCUCAUGAUAUACUAUACUUAAGAACUACACAGUGGUUAGUGCAUGUGCAUUUCAUCACUGACAUGCAGAGUGUCCCAAAAAACCGGACACUGUUUGAUUUCAUGUAACGUAAAAGCUAUAAAAGCUAUCGCAAUGAAAUAAAGAUCAUUGCAAUCAGAAAGAACUUAGAUUUUGAUAUAUAGCACUUGAAUUUACAUGCAAUAUUGACUGCGCUAUUGAUGUUUGAACGUUGAACUACAGUUUUUGAAAAUGCUAAAAAUUAGCAUGUAGUUUAAAUACUUGUUAAAUAAUAUUUUUAUUUUGGUUGUACUCUCGCUCAAUAUUGCAUGUAAAUUCAAGUCCUUUCUGAAUGGAAUGAUCUUUAUUUCAUUGCGAUAGCUUUUACGUUACAUGAAAUCAAACAAUGUUCAGUUUUUUUUGGGACACCCGGUAAGUACUGUGACCGAGGUUUGAUUCCUGCAAUAUGCAGUCGUCUCAUUAUAAUUUCACCUCAGUUGCAUGUGAGAAGAUUGCUUCCAGUUUGACUCUAUCAAACACCACAGGUUUUCUCCUGGUACGUCGGUUUCUAAGUCUCGAGAAUAAUAUCUUACUGUAUGGUCAUUCGCUUUUAUAUUUUUAGUUUCAGCCAUCAUUGAAGAGACGAGCUUCUUCAAAAAGCAUAUAAAGCAAUCGGGAGUGUAA